UGGGAAGGGGGAGGAAGGGGACGAAAUGGGCGGUGAGAAAGAGGCGAGAACUUGAACCUCAGAACCUGAGAGAGCACAGAGACGACCUGGAGAGCCUGGGAGGCAGCCGGCCCGCACUCAAUCCACUGAGCCACACCAGCCAGAGCAUCUCUGCCUUCUUUUAUAGGAUCCAGAGACCCAUUCGCCAAUGGUUUCUACCCAAGCCAGAAACAGCCAGGACCAGAGAGCUACAUGAACGGAAGUGCCUGCCAGGGGAAUCGUCCAAGUGCUGCAGUGCCAGGCCUUGUCCCUUCUGAGAUCCGCCCCCGGUGCCAGUGGGGUUGGAGGGUCUGCUGUACUUCAGGCCAUGCCAAGCCAGGGACCGUGCCUGCACGUGGCCACCCUGCUGACGGGGCUGCUGGAAUGCCUUGGCUUUGCUGGUGUCCUCUUUGGCUGGGCAUCCCUGGUAUUUGUCUUCAAAACAGAGCAUUACUUUGAGGACCUGUGUGAACGGAGCGCUGGGCUGAUGAGCAACGCCACGGGCCACGAUGACUGCAAAGCCCAGGACGAGAGGUUCUCCCUCAUCUUCACCGUGGCGUCCUUCAUGAAUAACUUCAUGACCUUCCCCACUGGCUACAUCUUCGACCGGUUCAAGACCACCGUGGCCCGCCUCAUAGCCAUAUUUCUCUACACUAGCGGGACACUCAUCAUAGCCUUCAUCUCUGCAGCCUCAGCAUCGCUGCUCUUCCUGGCCAUGCCCAUGCUCACCGUCGGCGGAGCCCUGUUUCUGAUCACCAACCUGCAGAUCGGGAACCUCUUUGGCAAACACCGCUCGACCAUCAUCACCCUCUACAACGGAGCAUUUGACUCUUCCUCAGCUGUCUUUCUUAUCAUGAAGCUCCUUUAUGAACAGGGCAUCAGCCUCAGAGCCUCCUUCAUCUUCCUGUCUUUGUGCAGUGCCUGGCAUGUUGGGCGAACCUUCCUCCUGAUGCCCCGGGGGCACAUCCCCUACCCACUGCCCCCCAGCUACAGCUAUGGCCUGUGUUCUGGGGAUGGCGCCGGAGAGAAGAAGGAGCAAGGAUCUGAGUCCAGGAAGCUGGACCUACCAUCCAAGGAGCUCCCGUCACCAAAGGAAGGGACCCCAGGAGCAGCAGGGCCAGAGGAACAGCGUUCUUUCCGGGGCUGUGUUACCUCUCGGCGCUUUGCCUGGCACCUGGUGUGGCUUUCUGUGAUACAGCUGUGGCACUACCUCUUCAUCGGCACCCUCAACUCUCUGCUCACCAAGUUGGCCGGUGGGGACAGGGCUCUGGUCAGCAGCUACACAAAUGCCUUUGCCAUCACUCAGUUCUUUGGAGUGCUGUGUGCCCCCUGGAACGGCCUGCUCAUGGACCGGCUUAGACAGAAGUACCAGAAGGAGGCGAGAAAGACCGGUUCUUCAGCCUCAGCCGUGGCCCUUUCCUCAGCCGUGCCUUCGCUGAUCCUGACAUCUCUGCUGUGCCUGGGCUUUGCCCUGUGUGCCUCGGUCCCUGUCCUCCCCCUCCAGUAUGCCACUUUCAUCCUGCAAGUGAUCAGCCGCUCCUUCCUCUACGGGGGCAAUGCUGCCUUCCUCACCCUGGCCUUCCCUGCGGAGCACUUUGGGAAGCUCUUUGGGCUGGUGAUGACCCUGUCAGCCAUCGUGUCCCUGCUCCAGUUCCCCAUCUUCACGCUCAUCAAAGGCCCCCUCCAGAACAACCCCUUCUACGUGAACGUGAUACUGGUGCUGGUCACUCUCCUGACCUUCGUCCACCCCUUCCUGGUGAACCGGGAGUGCCGGCAGGAAGCCACUGCUGCCACGACCACUUAGUGCGGAAGCCCCCGCUUUGCAGCCCUUCGAAUGCUUUUGCUUCUCUUUCUUGGAGGACCCUGUUUCCAGAAAGACUUCGUCCACUCAGGGUACCUGUGUUAAAUAGCCAUUGUUUUCUCUUAAAUAAAAGAUGUAUCUAACUGCCA